AUGGCGACCGUCAAUCGCUUCACCUUCCUGGCCAUUGCCAUGGUCUUUCACCUUGUGUACAUAUACUCCAUUUUCGACAUUUAUUUCGUUAGUCCUAUAGUUUCUGGCAUGAACCUUUUCCAAAUAGACAGGAACAAGGGCACAAAAGCACCUGCAGAUCGUCUGGUUCUCUUCGUUGGCGACGGACUGCGCGCUGACAAGGCAUUCCAAUCCUUCCCCGACCCCUCGCCCAAGUCCGAAGACGACGACUUGACCCCCAAACCUCUUGCGCCUUUCCUUCGCUCGCGCGUUCUGGAGCAUGGGACUUUUGGCGUUUCGCACACGAGAGUGCCUACUGAAUCACGUCCGGGCCAUGUUGCGCUUAUUGCCGGCCUAUACGAGGAUGUAUCCGCGGUUGCGACGGGGUGGAAGCUCAAUCCAGUCAAUUUCGACAGUGUGUUCAAUCGAAGCACGCAUACGUGGAGCUGGGGGAGCCCCGAUAUUCUUCCCAUGUUCGAGAGAGGAGCAACCCCUGGCCGCAUCGACGCCUACUGCUACGACGCCGAAUUUGAGAAUUUCAUGGAAGAUGCUGUCCAUCUUGACCACUGGGUCUUUGACCAUGUGAAAGAGCUGUUUGCCGAGGCCGAGAAGAACAAGACUCUGAAUGACGCCCUGAGACAGGAGAAGGUUGUCUUCUUCCUUCACUUGCUAGGUUUAGACACCACUGGCCACGGAUUUCGGCCGUAUUCGAAGGAAUAUCUGAACAACAUCAAAGUGGUGGAUCAAGGUGUGAAGGAGAUUUCCGAAUUGAUCAACAACUUUUAUUCAGACGACAGGACAGCUUUUGUUUUCACGGCUGAUCAUGGUAUGAGCGAUUGGGGUAGCCACGGUGAUGGUCACCCGGAUAACACAAGAACGCCGCUGAUCAGUUGGGGAUCCGGUGUCGCAAAGCCAGUUGUUUACACUGACUCGAUCGCUCCCGGCCAUGAUGACUAUUCGUCUGACUGGAACCUUGAUAGCAUCAAGAGACACGAUGUCUCGCAGGCUGAUGUUGCAGCUCUCAUGGCCUACUUGGUUGGCGUUGAAUUCCCUGCCAACUCAGUUGGCGAGCUGCCACUGUCAUACCUCUCUGCAAGUAUCCAGGAGAAAGCUGAGGCAUUGCUGGUUAAUGCUCAGGAGAUCUUGGAAAUGUACAGGGUAAAAGAGGCAUCCAAGAAGGCGACUCAAUUGAGGUAUAAACCUUACGGUCCGUUGAGCACUGGCCCUGAGGACCGCUUGCAAACGAUUCGCGAGCUAAUUAGAGCCGGUAAUCAUGAAGAGGCCAUUGAAGAGACAGCAGCUUUGAUCAAAUCUGGUCUUGAGGGCCUACGGUAUCUGCAAACAUACGACUGGCUCUUCUUGCGAGCGCUCAUCACUAUCGGAUACUUGGGCUGGAUGGCCUUUGCCGUCACUACGGUUAUUGACCUGCAUGUGCUGCAAGGUUCAACACAAAUCAAGCGGAAUCUUGGCGCCGUAGCUUUCUUCUCUUCGGUACUGGUUGUCCUCUAUGCGUCGUUCAUCGCUUCGCAUUCCCCGGCUACAUAUUAUGCGUAUGCGUUCUUUCCUGUCUUUUUCUGGGAAGAAGUUUUCGCCCGAAGGCGCAGCUUGGUCAAGGGUCGUCAAGCUUUGUUUGGGCAUGUUCAAUCAGGAGGCAAAGUGGUGAACCUAAUCAUCAGUUCCAUCUCCUAUCUUGGAAUAAUUGAAUCCUUGUUGGCACUCGGUUACAUACAUCGCGAAAUUCUCACCGUCCUAUUUUGUGUAGGAUCUCUGUAUCCGGCCGUUCUCGGCAUUUCGUUCCUUAGGAACCAUGCGAUUCUCGCGGCGACAUGGUUUAUCUCUUGCCUGGUGAUGAGCACUUUUACUCUCUUAUCGGCGAUAAAGAUGGAGAAUGUGACCUUGAUCCUUCUUGGUGGCGCUCUCAUGGUUUUGAUAGGCCUUUUAUACCUCCUAUUUGAGGCAAGAAUCCUUGCAGAUUUCUCAAGCGCAUCAACGCCAAAAUCUCAGAAAAAGGAGACUAACCUGUCGAGGGCGCUGAUUGGAGUUCAGAUAGGAUUGAUUCUGUUGGCUAUGUUUGUGACACGAUCCAGCGUGAUUUCUCUGCAAUCAAAAGCAGGUUUACCUUUAGGAAAUCAAGUCGUUGGAUGGGUCACACUGGUUACCUCGCUCCUUAUGCCUCUGGCCCACAGGUUACAACCCAACAGACACUACCUGCACCGGUUGUUGGUCAUAUUUUUGACAUUUGCGCCAACAUUUGUGAUUCUCACCAUUUCAUACGAAGGAUUAUUCUAUGUUGCAUAUUGCAUCACGAUCCUCACCUGGGUACGUUUGGAACAUUAUGGGCAAAGGUUCUUGGCGCCAACGCCCAAGAAAGAGAAUUUGGAUCCCAAAUCAACGACCGAGUCGAGUUCCUCACAGUUCCGGCCGCUGAAACUAUCUGAUGCACGAGUGGUACUGUUCUUUUUCGUGCUUCUCCAGUCAGCCUUUUUUAGCACAGGCAAUGUUGCAUCAAUCUCGUCGUUCAGCUUGGAAAGUGUCUGCAGACUGCUCCCAGUCUUCGACCCUUUUUCUCAGGGAGCACUCCUUAUUCUGAAGCUCAUGAUUCCGUUUGCCUUAAUCUCGGCAAAUCUUGGUAUUCUCAAUAAGCGUUUGGGCGUAGCACCAUCGGCUCUGUUCAUGGUAGCUAUGGCUCUCAGCGACGUCCUAACACUCUACUUCUUCUGGGUGGUCAAGGACGAGGGCUCUUGGCUUGAGAUUGGAUCUACAAUCAGCCAUUUCGCUAUUGCUAGCUUGCUAUGCGUAUUUGUGGCUGCGUUGGAAGGUGUGAGUGCAGUUUUCAUAUCGGGCGUCGAAGUAAAUAACGACUACCAUAAGCAACUUGAGGCAGGGAAGAAUAAAAGCAACGGGGCCGCUAUGGACGCGGCUUUGAUUACGAUCAUCAGCCUAGUUUCAGAUACAUUCAUCGGCUCUCUUAAAGCUCAGAAACCAAACGUUUUGUGGCCAAAGAUGCGUGUCGUAUCAUCGAAUGUUUACUUCACUGACGCAACCAAACGAUUUGCGUGUCCUGAAUUUGCCGAGGCAUCUUCCCCAGAUUCGACGUCUGCCCCUCCCCCGCCAUCUUCUGCAAAUUCUGGGCGUGAGGUAGAUCGUCCCCUUUUGCAUCCGGGGUCGGGACCAGGUCUACUUUUGUGUCCCGGGUCAGCAGGCUGCGCAGACUAUUAA